AUGGCUAGGAGACACGUGAAAGCUGCUGACAUUCCCGGUUUGUUGGAAGAAGACGUUAUUAGUGAUUUUGAGUUGUCUGACAGUGAAGUUUUCACUUCAGACAGCAGCGGGAGUGAGAUUUCUACGUCAACUUCCAGCCCUCCCGCCAGUUCACCUGUGCGCAUCAGUGAAUCAAGUGACAGUGACCUUGGUGGCACAGUGGAAAGCAUUCAUUGGACUGAAGUUGCUGAGAGUAAUAUUCAGGCCCAACUCCCUUUUUGUUAUACAGAAACGGAAGGACCAAAGCAUAUCCCAUCCCCACCUAUGACCCCAAUUCAGUAUUUUUAUCUGUUUUUCACCACAUCCCUACUAAAUUCCAUAGUGACCCAAACAAAUAAUUAUGCCACGACUUUCCUCCAGAGCCAGAAAAAUAUUCCUCCUCACUCCCGGAUUCUAAAAUGGACGGAUGUUACAGUCACAGAAUUGAAAGGGUUCAUUGCCUGCCUUCUCAAUAUGGGAAUCAAAGGGCAGCCAACCAUUUCUUCAUAUUGGUCUGUGAGCCCAAGCCUAAAUAAUCCUUGGUUCCGUAGCAUGUUCUCCCGCAACCGUUUUCAGCUCAUUUUGAAAUUUUUCCAUUUGGUGGAUAAUAAGAACUUGGCAGGCCCUUAA